AUUAAUUUUCUCUUUAGCAAUUAUAAAGUUGCACAUAUCACCUCCAGCGCAUCCCCAUCCGGUUUGCUUGCUUUAUUGAAUGACUGAUCCUACUAUUUCUCAAUCUUUAAUUAUAUUUGAAUGAUUUUUCACUCAUAGCAUACUGUGAUCUUUCGUUGGAACUACCCUGAAAUUGAGAGAAAAUUCCAAGCGCGACAAGGAUCGCCCAUUUGGAAAUGAGGAUCAGAUUCAGAAUUUGUGUCCAAGAAUAUGGCAUUUGAGCCUUUUUCCUAGUUGUUUUUGCUUCCAAGCUAGAAAUCGAAACAAAAAUAAUGGUGCACAUUGCCUACGAUUCCUUCGAGCUCCUCAGUGGCUGCCCCGUGAAAAUUUAUGCUAUCGAAUCCUACUGCUCAAAGCUUCUUGUCGGCUGCUCCGAUGGGGCCCUUCGAAUAUACGUCCCGGAACCCUCCUCCGAACGAGCUUCACUGUCAGAUUAUCAUGGCCAAGCUCAAGAGCUGCGAAAGGAAACUUAUGCACUGGAGAGAACUGUUACGGGGUUUUCAAAGAAGCCUCUCUUUUCAUUGGAGGUAUUGGCAUCAAGAGAGCUACUUUUAUCGCUCUCUGAAUCAAUCGCCUUUCAUAGAUUACCCAAUUUGGAGACUUUAGCUGUGAUCACCAAAGCAAAAGGCGCCAAUGUGUAUUCAUGGGAUGACAGAAGAGGGUUUUUGUGCUUUGCUAGGCAAAAGCGCGUCAGCAUCUUCAGGCACGAUGGGGGACGGGGAUUUGUGGAGGUAAGGGAAUUUGGUGUUCCGGAUACGGUGAAGUCCAUGUCUUGGUGUGGUGAAAAUAUGUGUCUAGGGAUUAGAAAGGAAUACCUGAUAUUGAAUGCCACUAAUGGUGCAUUGACUGAGGUAUUUCCUUCUGGUAGAUUAGCCCCUCCUUUAGUGGUCUCUCUCCCUUCUGGGGAGCUUCUUCUUGGAAAGGAAAACAUUGGGGUUUUUGUGGACCAAAAUGGCAAGCUUCUUCAAGCAGAGAGGAUUUGUUGGUCAGAGGCCCCUUCUGUCGUUGUCAUUCAGAAACCUUAUGCAGUAGCUCUGCUUCCAAGACGUGUUGAGAUUCGGUCUCUCCAAGUUCCAUAUCCAUUGAUACAGACCAUUGUUCUUCAAAAUGUCCGUCAUCUUAUUCAAAGCAAUAAUGCAGUAAUUGUUGCACUAGACAAUUCUGCAUAUGGGCUCUUCCCUGUUCCUCUUGGUGCACAGAUUGUACAGUUAGCAGCAUCUGAGAAUUUUGAGGAAGCCUUGGCCUUAUGCAAGCUGCUUCCACCCGAAGAUUCAAACCUCCGAGCAGCAAAGGAGUGGUCAAUUCAUAUAAGAUAUGCCCACUAUCUUUUUGAGAAUGGGAGCUAUGAGAAGGCCAUGGAACACUUUCUAGCAUCCCGAGUGGAUAUCAUCUAUGUCCUUUCUUUGUAUCCAUCUAUUGUUCUUCCCAAGACAUCUAUGCUUCCUGAACCAGAAAAGCUGAUGGACAUGUCUUCAGAUGCUCCAUAUCUCUCAAGAGGCUCGUCUGGAGUGUCAGAUGAUACGGAAUCCUCCCCUCUGCAGUUAACUGAAUUUGAUGAGCAUGCAGCCCAUGAAUCCAAGAAAAUGAGCCAUAAUACUCUCAUGGCUCUCAUUAAGUUCUUGCAGAAAAAGAGAUAUAGUAUAAUUGAAAAGGCCACUGCUAAGGGAACAGAAGAAGUUGUUUUUGAUGCUGUUGGAGAGAAUUUUGGACCAUAUGAUUCUAGUAGGUUUAAGAAAUCCAACAAGAGCCGUGGUACAGUUUCCAUUAACUCAGGUGCCAGGGAAAUGGCAGCAAUACUUGAUACGGCACUACUCCAAGCUCUUCUUCUUACUGGACAGUCUUCAGCAGCUUUAGAAUUACUUAGAGGUCUUAACUACUGUGACAUAAAGAUAUGUGAGGAGAUUCUUCAAAAACAGAAUCAUUAUACUGCUUUAUUGGAACUUUAUAAGUGCAACUCCAUGCACCGAGAAGCUCUUAAGCUCUUGCAUCAAUUAGUUGAAGAGUCAAAAUCAAGCCAAGCACAACCUGACCUUAACUCAAAGUUCAAACCUGAAUCAAUUAUUGAAUAUCUUAAGCCUCUCUGUGGGACAGAACCCAUGCUUGAAAGCUGUCCAACACAAACUAUUGAGCUCUUCUUUUCGGGGAAUAUUCCUGCAAACUUGGUCAACUCUUAUCUGAAGCAGCAUGCGCCGAGCAUGCAGGGCAGAUAUUUAGAACUUAUGCUUGCAAUGAAUGAAAACGGGAUCUCUGGAAACCUGCAGAAUGAAAUGGUACAAAUCUAUCUCUCGGAAGUACUUGAAUGGCACACAGACCUGAGUGCUCAGCAGAAAUGGGAUGAGAAGGUUUAUUCCCCAACAAGGAAAAAAUUAUUGUCUGCUUUGGAGAGUAUCUCAGGGUAUAACCCAGAAGCUUUGUUGAAACGGCUACCAGCAGAUGCAUUAUAUGAAGAGCGUGCAAUUUUAUUGGGGAAAAUGAACCAACAUGAGCUUGUCGUAUCUCUUUAUGUUCAUAAGCUUCUUGUCCCUGAACUUGCAUUAUCCUAUUGUGAUCGGGUUUAUGAGUCUGCAUCUCAGCAACCAUCUGCAAAAUCUUCUGGCAAUAUAUACCUUGCUCUUCUGCAAAUUUAUCUGAAUCCACGGAAGACAAUUAAUAACUUUGAGAAGCGAAUUACCAAUAUAGUGUUGUCUCGGAAUACAAGUAUUCCAAAGGUUGGUUCUGGUACUUCAGUUAAAGCAAAGGGAGGUCGCAGGGCUAAGAAAAUUGCACCAAUAGAGGGUGCAGAGGACAUGCGUUUUAGUCUUAGUAGCACUGACACUAGUAGAAGUGAUGGUGAUGCAGAUGAAUUUACUGGGGAAGGAGGUUCAACGAUCAUGCUUGAUGAGGUCCUUGACCUUUUGAGCAGAAGGUGGGACAGAAUCAAUGGAGCUCAGGCACUUAAACUUUUACCAGAGGAAACAAAAUUGCAGAAUUUGCUUCCUUUUCUUGGACCUCUUAUGAGAAAAUCCAGUGAAGCAUACCGGAAUCUCUCAGUUAUCAAGAGUUUGAGGCAGAGUGAGAACCUGCAGGUGAAAGAUGAACUGUACAACCAAAGGAAAGCAGCGGUAAAGAUCACCAGUGAUAGUAUGUGUUCUCUUUGCAACAAGAAAAUUGGAACAAGUGUUUUUGCAGUCUAUCACAAUGGGAAAACGCUCGUGCACUUCGUAUGCUUUAGGGACUCGCAGAGUAUGAAAGCUGUGGCGAAAGGCACACCACCAAGGAAGCGAUGAAAUUGUGCAUUCACAUGCAGUUUGAGAAUGAAAGUUUUUCUUUGAACAGAUUUAAGCUGCAAUUAUGCUUCUCCUACGGAGGCAAAGUGGUGCUAGCAAAACUAGUAUCUGCAUGCAGGGAUGAUGAGAUUUGUGAUUUUCAUUCGGCGUUGAACCAUUAUAUGUACAUAUAUUGGUUUGUAGAUAGCUGUAGAUGUGUGGUUUGCAUUCUGAAAAACGCUGGUUCUAAUAUGAUGAGAGUGUUUUAAGGUUCCCUGGUCCUAUAAAAGUUGCUUCUGUUGUAAAAAUAGUUUGAUUUCCAGCUGCAUGUCAAUUGCAUUGCACCA